AUAUUGCACUAGCACACGAAAUGUAUGCCCACAGUCAUGACACUGCGCGCAGAGCUACAGCGAGUCUACACGUAUAUAUAAACGUUGCGUGAUGCGUAAAUCAUGUUUCACUUGGAAACAAACGAUCUGAGCGACCUAGUUUUGGCUGCCAUUCCACGACUUCACUGAUCGAGGUGUUGGAGAAACGGCGGAAGAAGAUUUUCCUCGUCAACGGAUGUUGAUGAAGAUGAAAUGCUUCUGUGAACCAGUAUCUCAAAACUGUCUUCCUGAACAAUGAACGUUUUUAUCACCUGAUACUUGCUGAUUGCUGAGUCUUUGCCACUUUAUUGUAACUCCAAAAUGAAGCGAAAAGUGCCUUCAUUGAAUGAACUUCAUGAACGUCAACAUUCCCAUGGCAAUAGAAGUAGAAGACCAGUACAGAGAGAUAGCUCAGAGACAAAUGUAUCACCAUCAGAAGUAUCAAGGAGGAGAGAUCGAGACUUGCCAGUUCUGGUCACCUCCUUUUCCUCUUCUUCAGAAUCUUCAGAUUCUGGUUUUUCGGAUCUCAGUCCAUCAACAUUUAUCCUGGAAAGACCAGGAUAUUCCCAGGAGCAACCGAGUGUCAGUAACACAUCUGGCUUUGCAAGUGUUCCAUCAGUUUCACCGGUCACAUCAGCAGUACCUCAGUAUCUAAAUUCAUCUACAACAAGUUCAUCACAUUCCCCGCUAACAGCCCAACUAGGAGCUGCCAUAUCAAGGUCACUAUCGCAGCCAUCUCAGGAGGCUCUUCUAUCUCAGUCUUUGUUGACACCCAUCCAGGAUCCAACAUCAGCAAGUUUGAUAACUACACCAAGUUUGUCUUCAUUGCAACAGACUGCUCAAACUGUAGCCUCUACCCUCUUGCAACCUUCAGAAUUAUCAGGUUCCAUUGGUACAACGACAACAGCACCAAGCACCCAGCGAGUAAACCGCAGCCAUCCUCUAACAUUGAAGAGAGCUGGGCCUUAUCUGUUGGGACCACGUUUAGGCACCUCUCCUGUCAGGAGCAUCGUUCAUUGUCUGGCUCGUAAAGAAGGCACAGACAAUUUUUACUCAAUGAAGUUAUUGACCCUAUCUGAACAAGGCAAAGAGAGCAAUGAUGAGAGGCAAGGAAAGAUGUUGCUUCACACUGAAUAUUCUCUGCUGUCAUUAUUACAUAACCAAGAGGGUGUUGUUCAUCAUCAUGGGCUCUUUCAAGACCGAGCCUAUGAAUUAAAGCAAGACCACCCUCGAAGUAGCAAAGGACAAAGGCCAGCUCCAACAGGCAGAUACAAGAAACGUCUCUGCUUAGUUUUAGACUGCCUUGCAGCUCAUGAGUUCAGUAAUAAGACAAGUGAUUUGAUGAAUCUCCAGCAUUAUGUUAUACAGGAGAAGAAACUGAGCGAGAAAGAAGCAAUUAUCAUGUUUUCUGAUGUGGUGCGUAUAGUUGAGAGCUUACAUAAGAAAAACAUUGUCCAUAGGGACUUGAAGCUGGGCAAUAUGGUGCUGAACAAGCGUACUCGUCGUAUCACAAUUACUAACUUUUGUCUGGGCAAGCAUUUGGUUAGUGAUCGUGAUUUACUUAAAGACCAAAGAGGAAGCCCUGCUUACAUCAGUCCUGAUGUAUUGAGUGGAAAACCCUAUCUUGGUAAACCCAGUGAUAUGUGGGCCCUUGGUGUUGUCUUGUUUACCAUGCUGUAUGGUCAGUUUCCAUUCUAUGACAGUGUUCCUCAGGAACUUUUCCGCAAGAUCAAGGCUGCAGAAUAUCUCAUUCCUAAUGAUGGUAGGGUUUCAGAGAAUACAAUCAAUCUCAUCAGGAAUCUGUUAGUCUUGGAUCCAGCAGUUAGAAUGACUGCCACUCAGGUUGCUGAGGUUUUGGAUACAACCCUGGCAAUGUGGAAAUCCUUAGCUUUACAAGGAGAACAGCUUCAAGUGGUUCCAGAUUUGGACAUAGAUGGUGAUGGUGGAGAGGAUGUAGAUGGUUCACCACCUGCCAAACGCAUGAAAGAAACAUCUCUACAAACGCCACCUGAUUGGGAGUUUAAACUUCAUACAGAACGUAGUGUUAUCAGUCUGGAUAUGAGACUUCAGCCACCAACAAGGAGACGAUUAAUGCGACCACCUGUCCAUAAACUCAGUCAAGAUGCACGACCUUUGACACAAGCAGAGAAAAUGGCUCAUCGCAACCUGUUGAUGUAAUAGGUUUAUGCUAUGGUACCUUGUAGGUAGGACUUCUGUGUCAUGUGGUGUUGUGAUGAUUACAUGUUGCAUAGAUUUUAAUUGCACUUUAGAUUCUGAUAAUUGUAAUUUCAUUGUCUGAAAAUGGUUAUUUUCUCAAAGAUGGAAUAAAUCAGUCACUAAAUGAAGUGACUGGAACUUCAAGUAAAGAAACCGCUUUGGAGACACCCUAAAACAGACAGCUUGUAAUUGAUGUGUGUAAAUGUGUUAAAUACAGCACAAAGGUAAAGGCGUACAUUUAGUUUAGAAGGGUGAUACAGUAAAUUGUACAUUAAGUUCAUUGAUCUAAUUUUGACCACAUGAAUAUGAAAUUAAAAGAAAGAAUAUCUUUUAUAUUACCAAUCUUCAAAUAGUAUUACAUAAGCAGGAGUGGUUUGGUAGGAUAGUUAAACUGAAUUAGUAGAUCAGAAUUGGGAACAGAGGACUGUAAAUAUUUAUAUCAGUAGGAUUUUAAAAAAUAAUAGUUAGCAGAGAUUAUUUCAGCCAGAGACGUUACUACCAUUACUACGUUUCUUCUGCUGGUAACUUAUAUUUUAAAAAAAUAGUUCAGGUUGUAAUUUUUGUAGAUAAUAUCAGAAACGUUGCUGUAAAAAGUCAAAGUUGAAUUCAGAUGAAACUCUAAAGCAUGACUGCAUAUAAAGGUUAGAUUAAUUCUAGCUUUUGAAAGCUUUUUGUACAGUCUCUUUUGCAGAAAAUAAAUGAGUCAUGAUUUCAUUUUUGACAUAUUCAAAGGAUUGAAAACCUUAGCCAAGAACUAAUCAAGUUUGAACCCAGUGUAUCCAUAUGUGGAAUCAAACUCAAUUAAUACUCUUAAUCCUUGGAUAUAAGUCAUGCUAACUGUAUUUCUAUUUGAAAUUCAUUGAGCAAACUCAGAUGCCAAAGAUAUUUAUAAAUUUGCACAAGGAGCAAAUGGAGAUUACUAAUUUUAGAAAAUACUUGGAAAUUGUAAUGAAUUUUUUGAAGUGAGUUAUUUGACCAAUAUGUGUAUCAAUUUCUUACAUGUGUAUAGUGUACAACAUAGAUUCAUUAAAGACUGUGGAAUAUAUUAAACAAAAUUGGUUUGUAAAUAUUACAAGUCGGUAACUGAAGUUAAGUAUUUUUAAUGUGUGUUAUAUACAUACUUAUUCCUUGACAUUGGCAUCAAACUGGUCGCGGAAGUUGUCCCACAUAUUUGAGCUUCCAAACAAGAUGAAAACAUUUGCAGAUAUAAAGCUAUGCCCGAUCUGAAUGUACAUGUAUUUCCAUUAUUUUGGUUAAUUUUCAGGUUGCUCUUAAACCUCUGUUUAAGCAACAUAAAGGGAAACUUGUUCGAACUUAUUUUAAAGUGCAGUGGACUAGUAACAGCACAUACAUGGUUGAAAGCAUGAUGUUGAGUCUGUUAUUCCUCCAUACUGCGCUAGACAUACAGCAAGAACCUACGAGUAUACUUAGCUCUCAUGGGUAGGCUAACAUAAAGUCUACAGUUCCCAUAUGGACAGGAUGGUAAUUAACUGUGCAUAUAACACACAGCUUGAUGGCACAGUAAUGCCUCAUGUGGAUCGUGGCUUAAUUUAAAUGGGUACAUUGAUGCCUUUGCUUCUGUUGCCUCAGAGGCCAAAAGCUUGUAAUUUCCCUGUGGUGUUGAGACUAGACAUCAGGUGAAUUAAUGCAUUCGCAGGCAGUUUUAUGUUAUCCAUAGUCACGUCUUCAAGAAUUGCCUAGUUGAAGCACAGGUAACUGCUCUUAGGAAUUUGACGUACAUGCACACGUAGCUAGUGCCAUCUAUAUGAAUGAAGUGAUGUGAAGCCCUAGUAUGCAAGUAACUACUGGUAAAUGAUUAAAUGCGGUUAAUUCACAGGGGUCUUAGUUUGAGUUGCACAUGAUGCAUGUCAAAUUGUUUACAUUUUAUUCUUGUGGCCCUUUACAAUCGUAGAUGAUGUCUUUUCUUUGUGAAACAGGAAAAUAAUUUAAGUUGCCAAUUUAAAAUGGGAAUUAGUGUCACUAUUAGGAGAUGUUGAUUGUGUUUAUUUACAACUGAUAUUACUUGCGUGUGAACUAUUAACUUUAAAAGACCUUUUCAGCAACUUUUAAUAAUCAUCACCCAAAUUGUAAUGACGUCUUCUUUGCCAGAUAUUUCUGUUUUUCAUCCCUGAAUUUCAGUGAGUCAUUUUGGUUGUGAGUUGGCAAAUGGCUUCGCUGAUAGGGUAGACCUUGCACCUGCAUUUUUUGUGUUCUUGAAUGAUGUAGGACAUGGUGUAUUUUGGGCAUACCGUGUUUGAAUAUUGAACUGGCUCACUUUCAUAAGUUUUAGUUAUAAGUCAGUGUGAUACACAGUAAGAACUUAAGAACUUUUUAAAAUGCUGAAAACUUAUGGAAAUGCCAAACUCAAAUUUAAUCAAUAUGUUAUAAGCAAAACUCACAUUUUAUACUACAUUGCCAUUUUUGAAAAGCAAUGAAAUAAUAUGCUCUUUAGGUUUAUGAUUUUAAUUGGCUUGGUACUUUCGUAUAAUAAUUAGGAGGAUAUUUUAUUUUAAAAAGCUUAGAACUCUUUCUGAACAGUUUAGGUAUAAAGAUUUUCUGUCAUUCUUUCGUAAGUUCACUGAGGUGCAUCGUGGCUUUUAACUGAAAUUAACUCACAGCUGUGUGUCAGUGACUUGUAUACAAAAUAAUGGCACGUGUUUGGAGAGUAGUGGGACUGUUUUCAUCAAUCUUAACUGUAGAAAUAAUCAAACUGUAGAAUUCGAAUUGUAAAAUAUUGAAAGUUCAUAUGCUUUACUCUAUUUGUUUUUUUUUUCUCAGGGGCAAUCCUGGAUAUAUAAGUUAGCAUCAGUGAUACUGUAUUUUUUUAAAAAGUGGCUGAAGACUUGUAUAAUUAUUUUUACACACUUACAUGUUUGAAACAGCAUUAAUAAAUGAAUGAAGUACAAGAA